UGUUGGCUGGUAGGGGAGAGGUUGUGUGGGUUUUAAAUUUAUUUUCUAUUUAGCCCCUUUAUUAGUUCGAUCCUUUUUCUCAUACAUAAAAGGACAUUACUUUGGGGCCUAAUUAUAUUAUCACAGUUUAAAAGAAAAGUUUCUUAAGUCAGCUUUCUAGUAUUUUUUAAACGCAAAGAUGCAAGAAACCGUUACAAACACAAACGAGAGGAAAUCUUUGUUUUCCGCUUUCCUGGAAGUGCUGGAGGCGCGGGAGAAGCAGGCGCAGGCCGACAGGCAGCUGCAGGAGGAGAAGUAUCAGCGGAGAACUCAAAGAAUUUACGAUUUCCACGACCGGCAGCAGCGCGAGGCGGCGGAGCUGCGGCGCUGCCUGGACUACGUGUCGCAGCACGCGCACGUGCUGGAGUCCGUGCUGCGCAGCGCGGGCGGCGACAGCGUGCCGCUGUCCGCCGCGCUGGUGCGCCAGGCCGCGGCGCUGCAGCGCUGCAUGGCGCAGUGCGUGGCCAACGCGGCGCGCAUCCGCACCCUGCUCACCGCCGCGCACCAGCCGCAGAUGGACACCAUGCUCGCCAAGAUGGAAGCGGAGCUGAGCGCGUGGACGGCGUUCCUGCAGCGCGCCGUGGAGGCCACCUGCAACACCGAGGUCAUCAUCGACAACCUGCACAACCUCGUCGAGGAGCAGAAGCGGUGCGUCCGCGAGGUGUCCUCGAGCAGCGUGUUCACGUCGCUGUGCGCGCCCAGCGUCAGCACGGUGGCCGACACGCCGCCCGACGCGCGCGCGCCCGGGACCGAGCCGCGCACGCCCGUCUCGCGCCGCGCGCUGGCCGCCUGCAGCACGCCGCUCGCGCGCGACUAGCGGCCGCCGCGUGCGCACGCCGCGCUCGCCGCCGUGUGCUGCGUCUUCUGUCGCGCCGACCUGUUGCCGCGUUGACCCCCAUCACCUCUUAUCUUAUCCCCAAAAUCGUGUUCUAUAAAACUUUCAAAAUUGUUAUGACAGGGGCUCGAUUAUUGUGAACGGCAGCUUCAGAGUGACGAUCGCAAUCACCUGAAAAUGAUUGGCCGACACUCGCUCACUAUUGGCUACAAUGUAUAGUUGCAACGAGAAUACCAUAAAUUCAGUAAAUCACAACGUUUGAAAUUGUAACAAUGAUUGAUCCACCGUUUCCGCAAUCGACCACCGACAAGUUGUAAGCAAAAACGAGUAGUGGUUGUAGCCCGCAAUGGUUCGGCACAACUCGCGCCUACAGAGUACAGACGUCGCGGUGGUGGUCCCACCACACAUCUUAACUUAAAAAAAGUAUGGUGGUAAGUCUACUUACAAUUGUCUAGUAUGAAGCUAAUCUGCGAACGUGGUAUUCGAAAACAAAAUCGAGGAAGGAAAAAAAGAAAUCGAGUCGUCAAUAUAUUCUACUCGUCGAUCGCGUGUAAUUAAAAACUCGAAACGUUACGAUGUUCAAGUGCGUACCGAGAUAAAACUUAUGUACAACCAUUUUACAAAUGGACUCAGAUAUCAAGAUGCUUAUGUUACGAUAUUGUUCGUUUAGCAAACUGUAAACGUGAGUUUGAUCGCCAAGGCUAUAGUGGGAAGGUAGGCCGGAGUUUGGGUGUGGAUUUCUACGUGUCUGCGGCGUAUGAUUCUGCUGUUUGUCACACGAGACGCUAUUCUUACGUAGCACAAUAAUUGGGUGUUAAGUUUCGCGUAAACGUUUGUUGGGGAAGGUUGCGGGAUCAACGGAGUGGCAAACUGCGGGCAGCGGAGCGUGCCACUAACUAGCUUAGCGCGUUAAGGUGCCUUCACACGCGACUGAGACCGCUUCGUCUCCCGCCUGGAUUUGUAAAAAUUACGUUGGCGUUUAUUUCAAAUGGCAAACAGCUGACGUGUUCCCCUUCAUUCAUUAUGUCGGCGCAAACAAAUGUACAUAAAGGGUGGAGUAAUUGUUAAAAAAUCAUAAUGAAUUAUACUUUGUUAUUCUAAAUUCUAACUACUAGCCGAAGAAUUGUAAAAAUAAUUGUUGAAUUUCUUACCGGCUCAUCUCAGAAGAUUCUGUGGCUCGGUUGCGGUAGUAUGAGACAGCUACAAUGUCACCGAAAUCAUCUCUGAUUGGUUGAUGCUCGCUCACUAUUGGCUACAAAGUAUUGAUGCAACAAGAAUACCAUACGUUCAGCAAGUCAUAACGAUUGCGAUUGUAAAAUAAUUGAUGCUGAUUUCCGAACUGGUCGAUAGUAGUGUCCCCACUUGAAACAAAAAGUUUGAAUUUGAUUACUUUGUCCAAUCUGUCACUACUAUGUUCGUCGUCCCAUAUACCGCACGUUGUCAGCUCGGACAUGUGGCUGGGCCCCUUCAGUGGGCUACAUACAAACACCACUCGGGUUUCACUCCGGGAAUGCGCGGUCUCAUCAUCACUUGUCGCCAACUACUUGCCGUCUACGCACAAAGCUGUGCGUUUGGGAUCUGUGUCAUGUAACGCGACACCUCUGUCGGCAAACCGUAAUAUUGGAGACUUUUAUACUAUGAAUUCCUGUCCAGUUUGUUUGUCUUUGGUCUCUAUCCUAAUUUCACCGAUGUAUCACGACAACCGCGAGAAAAAUUGCCACGUUAGCUGAGUUUUUAUUAAAAUAACUGUCGACCAUUUGUAUGGUAUGCGCGUGCGUCUGUGACGGAGUAUUAUAGACGAUGUUCACUGCCUUAACUCGUGUUCAUUCCGCAGUCCGUGCGGAUCCAUAGUAUAGUGCCCGACGAACAACUCGGACCUGAAGCAGCGUAGUGGGAGCAAGUUGGCGCAUCCGGGAAGCGAAAGUCGACGUAUCAACCAAUCGCGUGAACCCGCGCCGGCUGAUCAACCAAUCACGUGCACCCGCUAUUCGCCAGCCAAUCGCGUCAAUGCUCAAGUUGUUUGCCGGGCACUCUACCUACCUACUCUCCAGUUAACUUGUGUCGUAGUACCUAGUAAAGUGGAUGCAUUUGUUACAGUAAUCUUUUUGCCUCCUACUUUAUAUUAAACUUUACACUUGUUUGUUAGCAACAAUAAUAAUUGUGGAGGACGGUGUGGUGUACUUGUACGUAUUAUAUAUUAGUUAAUAGAUUAAGGGCUGGGUUUGAUCGCCAUUGGAGGAGUUGGCAAACAAAACGGUGUAACUGCACGAAAUAAAAUUUUACAUGAGGAACAAGAAUAUUUACUGUAAUUGUACCGUUUUGUUCGUAAUUACGAACUUAAGACUUAAUUUUAGGCCAUAUUGCUUGAAAAUGGGUUCACUUUUAUAUUCAGUUAGCCAAAAAUAUCCGUUUUAAAGAAAAAUAAAUAUUUUGACCAGAAGUGUAGGUACACCGUUUUGUUUGCCAGGUCCUCUAAUAAUCUUUAUAAAUUCGACGUUUUGUCAAUUUUUGUAUGAAUAAACUGCGAACAUUAUGUAAGUAGAUGUCUCGUAGAGCCCUGUUAAUUUAAUUAGUUUUAGUUUUGUGCAGAUUCCAAUUAGCACGAUUAUUCUUAAAAUUAAGCCGUUUUAUAUGCUUUUAUGAUACUCGCUUGUCGUUUACUCUCGUAUUAUUUAGUAGCUUUUAUUGUAAACUAAAGCACCGCUUGUUCGUCACUGAUAGACAUUAGGAAUAGUAAACUAAUAAAAGAUUUAAUUUUGGUAUACUCACUAAAAUAAACUGAGUAUUUUUGUCCCAAAAUAAGUGCUCAACUGAUUUACUACUUUUAACUCUAGCACAAGUUUUAUUUACUUUUAGAGAGAUUUGAUAUCUGGCUUAGUUUUAGAUCUAGAGCGACAAAUAAUACGCGUAAUACGUUUGUAUGGAGAAAUGCGUAAGAAGUAUAACCUGAAAUAAACUUUCCGACAUUGUAUGAAGAUGUUCAAUUACGUCGAUUUCUGAAAGUUUUCUUUCUUUCCUUUCUUCUCUCCGGGCUCCCAAACUAAAAGUUUCUUCUUGAAAGUUUCAGAAGUGAAAUUUCUGAAUGUUAUUAUCGAUACUAAAUGGCAGAUUAACUCAGUUAACUUUUUAACUUAGAGCCAUAAUUUUGAAUGAGCCAUAUGAAGCGAACUUUAGUAGUCCAUGCCCCUCAUCGCUCGCGGCGGUGGCCUGUACCGCCGCGCCGUGUGAGUAGUCUGCCGCCGUGACUAGGCUGGUGUGUUACAUACAAACUUUACACUUACUAUUAGUUGAAACUUUUAUCUAAAAAUAAAGAUCGGCACAAUGUACAAUAUUUAAAUGUAUUUGCUAAAACAGCGUGAGGUUCAAGAAGAAGAGGGCACUAGCUUCAAACGGCAUUAUUAGGCGCUUAGUGUGACGUCGAGCAGACGAUUUGAAAGCACCUUCGAUCCUGGGCACGCACCUCUAAUUUUUCGAAGUUUUACUUGUACUGCUGUUUAGUUCGUCAACAUUGAUCGAACGUUUUGCUUGAUGGUGGCUUUACACGCACUUUUCCUGUUUAUUGUUUAUGAAUUUAUACUUGUAGUAUGAAGUCAUUUUGUAUUGUAGUGCCAAACUUGCAUUCUCAAUUCGUUAAGAGGAGUUUAUUCGCUCUGUGCUCCAAAGGAAUAUAGUUUAGCUCUCAUUUGAAUAUCAAAGUCAGUGAAAUUAUAGACUAAUAAUAUAUGUCUGUGCUUCGUCAGAUUUUCGUUAAAAUAUGAACUUUAUAAAGUUCUAGAGCUAGAUUUACAUAAUUUAAACUCGUGUAACUCUAAACUAGAUACUUUUACGAAAGUCUGGCAAACCACAGACUCAUACAAAGCAUUGAGUUCGAUGCGCUAAUAUUUUUGUAGAUUUUUGAAUAUUUACAUUUUAUCGUAUCUGUGGAAAAAAUAAUUAAUUAACAUUAUAUUAGAUGAAUGUUUGUACGGUCUCGUUUGAUUUCCAUAUAACGUUUAAACUUAGAAGACAUAUUGUUACAGUAUUAUAUGCAAUAUUUAUAAAUUAUAAAAUAAAUGUUAUAUUUGAGCGCUGACAAAGCUUUAUUUUAAAUAAUAUUAUAUGUAACCAUGUAAUUAAAUAAGGUAUAUUAUUUAAAAUGAUUGUGGCCAAAUUUUCACUAGGUGUUCGGGUCUGUCCCGAUUCUUAGUUGAUACUGUGACUACCUCGACAACCUGAACAACAACAAAUGAACACGCUGAACCCACCUUAUUGUAAUAUAUUAUUCAGCAAAUAAAGUACCUAUUCAAAUCGAUUAAUUAUCAGAAAAAAAACAGUUAAUGAAUAUAUUUGUAUAAAAUGUAAAUUAUAGAAAAAAUAGUGUAACACAUUCUUUAAAAAUUUACAAAUAUUAGAUUUUAUUAAAUUAAGUAAAACUUAAAUUGGAUAGUUUUGCUAGAUGUGUAAUUUCGCUUUAUCUUUAAAACUCUUUCCAAUAUAAUUAAUACUAAUUAGUGAGGCCUGCGCACGCGCCGACUUCGGUCGCGUACACGCACCGGCCGGCCGCGCUUGUGGCUGGCCUAAACGUUGCCGCCGAUUGACGCCGCACGGCUCGAGUACAGCACACAAUUGUAUAUUCUCUUUCAGGUUAGGGCCUUAAAAGUUACGUAUUAACAAUGUAAAAUUAAAGAAAUUAUUGGCAUAAUAUAUAUAAUUGACUGUAUUUAGUAUAAUGACGACAGAACAAAAUACUCUUCAAGUUUACUAAGUAGUUUUGUGAUUACCGGCCCGCGCGCACCGGGGACUACUGACAUUGAGUCACCAAGAACUACAUCGUAUAGCGCACACGACGGCAACACCCCACUACAACAUGAGGGACUUUCCUCCUCCGCAGAUUAUAGUGUCCCUCGUCUGCGCGGGGCCUUAGGCUGAGUACUUUAACUUGGCUUAGUGUUUACUGAGAGUUGAAACAAGACACAAUUAUGGUAUUGACAAUCUGUCUCGUUCUGAGUGUAAAGUAUAGAUCUGUAGAGCGAGCCGCGCUCGGGCGGUGCGGCGCGCGCCAGUGGCGGCACUACUCGCGAUGUGAUAACCCAACGAACUAUAUUAUUGUUAUGUAUUGCUUUACAUGAAUAUACUCGUAGGUAAAGCCGAGUGUUUGUGACGGGACCUAAUGUUGCUCUUGUUGUAUCUUCGCAUGAAUGUAGAUGUUUGGACAUGUUGUAUGAUGUUGUAAACUCAAUACUAUUGCAUUGUUAAUAUAAAUCCUUUAUUCUACUGUUGUGCUACUUUAGGAGAGAAAUAGCGUACUGUUCUAGAAAUGUAGAUAAUUAUUAUUAUAUUUAAUCGUCGGAUGAAUUUUCUAUUUAAUCUUUGUAACCGGUUUUCUUAAAUGAAUUUUCGUGUCAUAUUGUAAUGUAUCUACAUGUGUAACUUUAUGAACUUUUGUACUUUUAUGGUGUAUGGAAUAGUGUGUGAUCUCCGCUGUGUAGUUUAUACUCUUUUCUCGAAUAGUUAGUUCACUGCUCUCUGAGACAUUGGUAGAACGUUUGUGUUGUUCGCAUUACGAGCGAGCGGCCUGCGCACGCGACCAACGGGUAUCGGCUAAACGGCUAAAGCUUCCUUGCUUAGGGCGCUUGCAUAUAGACGUCAUUGUAAACCACACCGCUCAAUGCGGUCAAAUUAGCCCUAUUGCCUGUCUUUUUAUGUGAGAGCUCAUAAGAUAAAUUAUGAGGCUACCUAACCCGCACCGAUCGGUACUUACAACGACCUGUCGAUACCGCACCGAUCGGUACUUACAACGAGCUGUCGAUACCGCACCGAUCGGUACUUACAACGAGCUGUCGAUACCGCACCGAUCGGUACUUACAACGAGCUGUCGAUACCGCACCGAUCGGUACUUACAACGACCUGUCGAUACCGCACCGAUCGGUACUUACAACGAGCUGUCGAUACCAGCGCCCUCAGGCAUCCAGACGCAGUUACAGCAGUACCGUCUGAUGCAAGGACUGAUACAUGCAUGACCAAAUAUAUCUGUACUCCAUCAGUCAUUCAUCAUCAACACUAAUGAUGAACGGAAUUGACUGGUGCAGAACCUAUCGUGUAAUGCACCGCUCAAGCACAGAACACAGUUUGUCAUUCCAAAUGGACUCUAUAUAGUUGAAACGGUGCGGUGCAGGUUAGCGACGAUCCUAACUCUACAUGAAGUUGUCAAAAUAAUUAUUAUGGUUCAGUGCGCCGGCCGUGGCGCAGCUUCUUCACAUUCCAAAUUAUUUUGUGUAUUGUUAUAAUAAAUAGAAAAUAAAUAAAAAAUAUUUUGAA